GAGAGAGACAGGUGAGCCCAGCAGAGACAGACAGAACACCAGACUGUAUGAUGAAGGAGCUGCAGGAGUUAGCAAACCCAGCAGGACUGGGGGACAAGGUGAAGGGGGGCCCCAGCCCCCCUGGCCCCCCUGGCCCCCUCCCUCGCAGGGGCCUGAGAGUGACUAACCCUCUGCUCCGGGAGUGUCUCGGAGAACUGCUGGGAACUUUCAUCCUGCUAAUGUUUGGCUGUUCUGCUGCGGCUCAGGUGAAGACCAGCAGAGAGACUAAAGGACAGUUCCUCUCGGUCAACAUGGCUUUCUCUGUGGGAGUGAUGUCUGCUAUGUACCUCUGUAAGGGGAUCUCAGGAGCCCAUCUGAACCCUGCAGUGUCUCUUAGUUUCUGUGUGCUGGGCAGGGUGCGCUGGAACAGGCUGCUGCCCUACAUCCUCUGCCAACUGUUGGGUGCCUACCUGGCAUCAGGAAUAGUCUUCCUGGUCUACUACGAUGCUAUCAUGGAGUUUAGUGGGGGGGUGUUGACUGUGUAUGGCCCAAAUGAGACAGCGUCUAUAUUCGCUACAUAUCCCUCAGAGACCCUAUCACUGGGCAACAGCUUCCUGGAUCAGGUGGUGGGCACAGCCAUGCUGAUGCUUUGCAUACUCCCAUUGGGCGAACAAAGGAAUACUCCCGCCCCCCCAGAUCUGAUUCCACCUAUCGUGGCGGUGAUUGUCUUGGGGAUUGCCAUGUCCAUGUCGGCCAAUUGUGGCGGAGCAAUCAACCCUGCCCGAGACCUGGGCCCACGCCUCUUUACGCUGUCUGCAGGCUGGGGCACAGAGGUGUUCACGUGCUACAACUACUGGUUUUGGGUGCCUCUGGUGGCCCCCUUGCUUGGGGGCUUGGUGGGCACCCUGUUCUACCUGAUCUUCAUAGACUGGCACCUGCCCGACCCUGACCCCGACAGCCCUGGACCCCCGGCCCCGCGGCCCCCUGGCCCCCCGGCCCCCUACGAGACCUGGAAGGAGUCCCCUUAUCCAGGGAGGUACAGGAUGGACCUGAGAG